GCAUAAAAGUGUAACACGUGGCCCUGCGCUCUAAAUGGGUCGGGCAUGCUGGGGUUUUUGCUGCCUUGCUUUUGCGCUUUAGGGGAAGCGGGGCGUCGUACUUGCCGAACUUGAGCCUUGCUGGUUCCAAGGGUUCUGGGUUGGCGGUGAUUUGGGUUUUGGCCGGCGCUGUUUUAUGACAAGGAUGCGUGGACAUACCAAGUCGUCACUGUUGGAAGGACGCAUUCGGUAGAGAUUUGGUUUCUCGAGCUCUGGAAUGGAUAAAUCUGGCGAGUGUUGAUGCUGUCUCUGUGCGGGGGCUGUUCAAAUCUUGUGUUUGCUGUUGUGCGUAUUCUCCGACUGUCGUCGUUCCAGAGCAUGUGACAAUGGAAACGGGAAACAAAGCCUCUGUGCCAGAAAUAUCUGAGAAUGGGAAGAAAAAGGGUAUAAUGGAGAUUGAAGGAUACCCAAUUCAGGGUUUGUCAAUAGGAGGACUGGAGACGUGCAUAAUACUCCCCACGCUCAAUUUAGCAUUCGACAUUGGCAGGUGCCCUCUUCAUGCUGUCUCACAGGACUUCCUCUUCAUCUCCCAUGGUCACAUGGACCACAUUGGAGGACUGCCUAUGUAUGUUGCAACACGUGGACUGCAUGGCAUGAAGACCCCUACAGUUAUUAUACCAACUGCCAUAAAAGAAGGUGUAGAAAAGCUGUUUGAGGCACACAGAAUUAUGGACCAAUCAGAGCUGAAACAUAACUUAGUUUGCUUGAAUGUCGGAGAAGAGUUUUAUCUAAGAAAGGACCUAAAAGUAAGAGCAUUUAGAACUUAUCACGUCAUACCUAGCCAGGGCUAUGUAGUUUACUCUGUAAGGCAGAAACUUAAGAAGGAAUUCCUUGGCCUUCCUGGAAAGGAGAUUGCAAAGCUGAAGUACUCAGGUGUGGAGAUUACUGACACUAUAACAUUGCCUGAAAUUGCUUUUACGGGAGAUACAAUGUCUGACUUCAUAAUUGACAAUGCUAACGUUGAUGCUUUGAGGGCAAAGAUACUCAUUAUGGAGAGCACAUAUCUUGACAACAAAUUGACUGUGGAAAAUGCUAGAGAUUAUGGGCACAUGCAUUUGUCUGAGAUCAUCAAUUAUGCAAAUAAGUUUGAGAACAAAGCAAUUCUUCUGAUCCACUUUUCAGCCCGUUACCAACCAGAUGAAAUUCAGGCUGCUGUCUUGGCAUUGCCUCCACCUCUGGCUGGUCGAGUUUUUGCCUUCGACCAAGGUUUCUGAUGGGAAGUGCAACUGUGAUUGCUGAUUUCUUAUUUAAUCUUUGUAAAAUAAAAUAUCCUAAUUGUGUAACAUUGAUUCUGCCAAGUUGCCUACUAUUCUAUUUAUGUGGUGGGAAAUAUAUCUGUUUUGACUAGUGUAUAUGCCUAUUGUGUUUGAUAACUUGGAUUUUUGGUCUUGGAUUUGCUCACUACCUCCUAAUGUAUGAGGUGAAUAUUUGAGAUAUGUUAGUUGCAUUUAUGUC